GUGCUCCAUGACGCGGUCUUGCAGCGCCAUCUCUCGGCCUGGCGGAGCUGCGGCCCGCGGUAACGCUCCACAGUGACACACCGCCUCUCCAUCGGUGACAACACAGCACAGGCCGGCUCCUGACUGCCUCUGAACCGGGACUAACAGCCGCCAAAAUGUCGGACAUGGAGGACGAUUUCAUGUGCGACGAUGAAGAAGAUUACGACCUGGAAUAUUCAGAGGACAGUAACUCAGAGCCAAAUGUGGACCUGGAGAACCAGUACUACAACUCCAAAGCCCUGAAGGAAGACGACCCCAAAGCAGCUCUCAGCAGCUUCCAGAAGGUGCUGGAGUUAGAAGGAGAAAAAGGAGAGUGGGGAUUUAAAGCACUGAAACAGAUGAUUAAAAUAAACUUCAAGCUGACCAAUUUUCCUGAGAUGAUGAACAGGUACAAGCAGCUGCUCACGUACAUCAGGAGUGCGGUCACAAGGAACUAUUCAGAGAAGUCUAUUAACUCCAUACUGGACUACAUCUCUACCUCCAAACAGAUGGACCUGCUGCAGGAGUUUUAUGAAACGACAUUGGAGGCUUUGAAAGAUGCAAAGAAUGACAGACUAUGGUUUAAAACUAAUACGAAGUUGGGAAAAUUGUAUCUGGAGAGAGAAGAGUAUGGGAAACUACAAAAGAUCCUUAGACAACUUCAUCAGUCAUGUCAAACAGACGAUGGUGAGGACGACUUGAAGAAAGGUACACAGCUGCUGGAGAUCUACGCUCUGGAGAUCCAGAUGUACACGGCACAGAAGAACAACAAGAAACUCAAAGCUCUGUAUGAGCAGUCGCUUCACAUCAAGUCAGCCAUUCCUCAUCCGCUCAUCAUGGGAGUUAUUAGAGAGUGUGGAGGCAAGAUGCAUCUGCGCGAGGGCGAGUUUGAGAAGGCGCACACGGACUUCUUCGAGGCCUUUAAAAACUACGACGAGUCUGGGAGCCCGCGGAGGACCACGUGUCUCAAGUACCUGGUGCUCGCCAACAUGCUCAUGAAGUCAGGCAUCAACCCGUUUGACUCCCAAGAGGCCAAACCGUACAAAAAUGAUCCCGAGAUUCUAGCCAUGACAAAUCUAGUAAGCGCUUACCAGAACAACGACAUCACCGAAUUUGAGAAAAUCUUGAAAACAAACCACAGCAACAUAAUGGACGAUCCCUUCAUCCGAGAGCACAUAGAAGAGCUGCUGCGAAACAUUAGGACUCAAGUACUUAUCAAACUCAUCAAGCCUUACACGAGAAUACACAUCCCUUUUAUUUCAAAGGAGCUGAAUAUUGACGUUUGCGAUGUGGAGAGUUUGCUGGUGCAGUGUAUUUUGGAUAACACCAUCCAUGGCAGAAUCGAUCAGGUCAACCAACUCCUGGAGCUGGACUACCAGAAGAGAGGAGGCGCGCGCUACACAGCUUUAGACAAAUGGACAAAUCAGCUGAACUCUCUCAACCAAGCCAUUGUCAGCAAGCUCACAUGAUCGACGGCAUGUAACACACGAAAUAAAACAAAACACAACCGGGAGCCCAGCAAGGGGACACUGUGUUUAAAUACAUCGAUAAAAAGCGCUUCUUCAAGUUACCCCCUCUCAGAAAAGGUGCACAGGUUUGAGAAUGAGACAUGAAGAAGACGGCGAACCUCAAACGUGUUCGGAGUUUUGUCGCUACGAGAGGAAGUCACGCCACUUAUUUUUGUUUUCAUGUUUAAUUCCCCGAUUGGCCGAUCAGUUCUGUGCAGCACACGAAUGCUUCAAAUGUUAAAGAUUUGUGUAUAAGUUGUACACAGUAUUUUCAUGUAUAAUACUGUUGCCUGUUGGUAAUAAACAGAUCCUCUCUCAAAGCUCUCAAAGAACCACCUGCCUCUGACUAGACACGGGGUCAAAGGUCAUUAAAGCUCAGUUUUUAUUUGUUUUUGUCCGUUUUUAAUUCAAUAAAAACACGAAUUGUCAAA